GUUUUCUUCCCCAACUUCCUCCAUCUCUUGGAGUCAGAAAUGGCACCGUCUCUGCUGAAGGCCAGCGUUGUGGUUGUGCCGAAUUUACUCACCACAUAUAUCAUGUCGAUAAUGGCUACAUACUUAACUGAUGUAUGGGAGCUCAGUAUUACACACGCUGCUGCAAUUGUCAAUUUGUACUCGGGCAUGGUUGGUAUAAUACCAGUGGGCUUGAUUUUCAUAGUCUACAUGACUGGUUUCACGGGUAGCUACUGGAUGAUCUUGCUCUCCAGAUUUAGCUUUACCGCUGGUUUGGUUCUUUUGACACUGUCAACACCACCCGUCCUUUCUUGGGCAACAGGCACUUGCAGCGCAUCUGAGGCCGAGUGCAUUGGCCAAGUUCAGAAGAUUACACAUCUCUACCUCUAAUAGCUGUUGGAGUGUCUGCUCACUUGGCCUCUGCACUGACAUUCCUCGAUGAGCUGUUGAAGCAGAGAAAAUCUGAGCCGUUGCUGCCAUCAUCAUCAGAAUCUGAUCAGCAGACGCCUACUACUACUACUACCACUACU